AUGUCUUCAAUAAAGACUAGUGUAUUUAAAUGGUUACGAACACAAAACACAGCGCGUGCUGUGUAUAGUAUACGACAUUUGACUACGAAAAGGAAAACAGCCUCGACUGAAGAAGAAAUAAAUAAUAAACAGACUCAUUUCGGUUUUCAAACUAUAAAUGAGGAAGAGAAAUGGAAAAAAGUGCAUGAGGUUUUUGAGACAGUAGCUGAGAAAUAUGAUGUUAUGAAUGAUGCAAUGUCCCUGGGAAUACACAGGAUCUGGAAGGACAUUUUUAUGCAAAGACUUGCACCAACACAUGGAACUAAGCUACUAGAUGUUGCAGGAGGAACUGGUGACAUUUCCUUCAGGUAUAUAAACUUUUUAAAAAAUUUGGGACCCCCCCCUGAAAACAAGCAAAGCAGUGUCACGGUUUGUGAUAUUAACCAGUCCAUGCUUGAUGUUGGAAAACUUAGAGCGCAAAGACAAGGAUUUACAAAAGAAGCCUGUGGUGUCAAUAUAGAAUGGAUAUGUGGUGAUGCAGAGAAGCUCUCUCUGCCAGAUGAAAGUUACACUGCUUAUACCAUUGCAUUCGGAAUAAGGAAUUGUACCCAUGUUGAUAAGGUUCUCGAAGAAGCAUAUAGAGUACUGGCACCUGGUGGUCGCUUCAUGUGUUUGGAAUUUAGCCACAUACCAAAUUCGACAAUGCAAUGGUUGUAUGACCAGUACUCAUUUCAAGUUAUACCUGUAUUAGGACAAUUAAUAGCUGGCCAAUGGAAGCCUUACCAGUAUUUAGUCGAAAGUAUAAGACAGUUUCCGGACCAGGAAAAAUUUAAGGGUAUGAUUGAAGAGGCUGGCUUUAGACAGGUCACAUACGAAAACUUGACAUUCGGCGUUGUCUCCAUUCAUUCAGGAUUUAAAAUA